CUUCCGGGGCCAGCGGGGAGAUGGCGGCGGCCGCUGAGGAAGGGGAGGCGACGGACUGGGCGCUGCCGCCGGAGGUGGAGGUGCUGGAGUCCAUCUACCUGGAGGAGCUGCAGGUGACGCGGGGCCUGGGCAGGUGGGAGCCCUGGGAGAUCAGCAUCACCCUGCACCCUGCCACGGCCCAGGACCAGGACUCCCAGUACGUCCGCUUCACCCUGGUGCUCUCCGUGCCCCCUCAGUAUCCUGAUAAAGCUCCGGAGAUCUCCAUCAGGAAUCCGCGGGGGCUGUCAGAUGAGCAGAUUCAAAAGAUUUCCCAGACCCUCAGAAGUGUUGCUGAAGCCAGGCUGGGGACAGAGGUGCUCUAUGAACUGAUCGAGAAGGGAAAGGAGAUCCUCACUGACAACAAUAUUCCUCAAGGACAGUGUGUAAUCUGCCUCUAUGGAUUCCAGGAGAAAGAAGCCUUCACAAAGACCCAGUGCUACCACUACUUCCACUCCCACUGUCUGGCCCGCUAUGCCCAGCACAUGGAGGAGGAGAUCCUCAUGCAGCAGGAGGAGAGGGAGCAGCACCUUGCACCAUCCCCCAAACAGGAGGUUGGUGUGCAGUGCCCUGUCUGCCGGGAGACCCUGGUCUAUGAUCUCUGUGCUCUGAAGGCAGCACCGCCCCCGCAGCACCCUCUGGAGCCAUACAGGCCAGAUGCCAAGGUGCUGCAGCACCAGGAAGAACUGCGCCUGAUUUUCAAGAGACAGCAAGAGAAAGGGGGAAUCAUCGACCCCGAGGCAGAGAGGAACCGAUAUUUCAUCAGCCUCCAGGCGCCUCCAGCUGCUGUGGAUCCAGGCCAAGCAGCCGCUGUCUCCGAGCUGUCGGUGAGUGCCCGCGCUGCGGACGUGCCCCAGCCGCCCAGCCAAGCCUCAGCUCCCGAGCCAGCCGGGGCAUCAGAGCCCAGGGUGGAACCCGGGCAGCCUGAGAGGUGUGCUGUGCCCAGAGAGCAGCUGAGCAAGAGGGAGAGGCACAGAGGGGAGAGGCCAGGCUCCAGAGGCCGGGGCAGGCAGCUGUGCAGUGGCUCGCAGGAAGCAGGAGAGGAAGCCUGUCAUCCACUCCAUGGCUCCAGAGGGCCCAGGGUCUUCAGCCAGAGGGCAGAGCGUAGACCUGCUGGACGGCACAGCCAGGAGUUUUCAAAGCCUCCCAGUAGAAGCAGGGCUGCUCCCUUGGCUGAAAGAAGGGAGUUGUGCCGUGAAGAUCCCUCACCAGCAACAGAAACUGUGGACUUGAAAGAGGAGCACCGUGACGUGGAGAAAUGGAGCACAGAGGAGGGGACUGAGGCCCGGGGCAGGAAAAAGGAGAACCUGAUGUUCAACCGCAGUGACCACAAAGCUGCCCCCAACUGGCAGGGCCACCACAGGCCCUGGGAUUGUGGAAGGUGGGAGAGGUCCAGAGUUCAGGAGCGUGGUUCCUACCCCAGAGCACCAAGAGGGCGAGGGGUGUUCAGGCCCAGUGGACAUCGAGAAGCCCAUCUUGAGAAGGAGAGUGGCUCCUAGCAGGAAUGAUGAGGGGCUGGGCUGGGGGAAAAAAGGGCUCAUUCUGGAGAGAACAAUGAAGCAGUAGGAAGCAGAUACUGUAUCCCCUGGAAGGGAGGAGGCAGAUGGCACGUGGGACAGCCUGGGACAGGCAGUGUCGCCAUGGUAUGUGCAGUGUAAAGUAUCCUAGCAUGAGCAGCUGGCUGUUACCAGCAUUGGAGAAGUGGAACCUUGACAGAUCAUAUCAGCCUUGGUCUCAGAGGACCCAGAAGAGAGAGGUAGCUUUGGGGACCUGCAGCUAUUGUCCCUAUAGGUGAAAUGCCAAGAAAUGUGCAGACCUACAGAGCAAAGGUCUGAGCCCAGCAUGGUGCCAUGGCAGAGCCAAAGUGUGGCAAGACCUUCCCUGGAAGCCAGCGGAGCUGUGGUGGUGCCAAGUGCUGGGGCAGUAUCUUGGAGCUCAGUUCCACUUGCUCUGUCCCCCAUUCCUUCUCAGAGCACUUUCUCAACUGCUAGGAUUGGCCAGGCAAAUCCUUAUUACACAGGACAUUGCCCAGUCCCAGCCAGGACAUCCAAAUUAAGCUUAAGUCAGCACAUUGGCAGGUCACAACUGUCUGGUGGCUAAGGCUUCACCUUGGCUCCUGCUUCUCCAGGAAGCCCAUAUUUAGCUGGAGCUCCUGCCCUGUCUUUCAGCCGCUUUUGUGCAGGCUGAAGCUGAUGGGGGAACCUCAGAAGAGAGUACUCUGCUUUGUAACCUGUAUGUGUCAGAAGCCCCCUCCAAGGCCAGGCUGUCUCUUAGCACUUCUGACAACCCAGAAGUGAAGACAUGCCCCAGUAUUUUGGGUACAGCUUGCCCUCCUGUAAUCUUCAAGCUGAUAUUGCUUAAAUAAGGAUUUGCUGUUUAAAACUUGGCGCAGUUCCAUCUGCUGCUGCUCCACAGAUGUAAAUGGUGUCCCAUUUAGAAGCCAUGAAGAGUGGUCCCAAGCCUCUGAAGUGAGGCAAUGCUAUUAAAUUAAUUCAUUGGGUCUUCUCCAGAGCCUGCUCCCUUUGUUUCCUCUGCCCUCUUGCUCCUGUUUGUUGCUUUUUGGAGCAAAGGUGUUGAUCCCUGAUAUUUCUCAAAUCCUUCCCUGUUCCCUACAACCAGGGCUGAGGCAGACCUUUCCCUGGCACGUCUGGGUGGCAGGAGGGCUCCCUGCUUUGCCUGGCUUACUGUAAGCUCUCUGCCUCACCUGGACAAUACUGAUUUCUUCACACUUGUUUGUGCCUUGUCCCCCACCUCUUGUACCCACACAUGGGUUGUUAAUUGUCUUCCUCCUUCUGCUAAGUGCAAAAAUAGCAGUGCUACAAUGGACUUGCCAGAACUUCAUAUGAGAUCCCCAGGAAACCAACAGCAGUGUGUGCCAAGAGGGCAUUUGCCAGUGCACACAUCUGUCUGGCUGAGCUUUGGCACUGAAAGCUGCACUACCCCCUUUCUUGACUGAGAACUCCUCAUCUGCUGCCCUGCUUACUCCAUGCCUGGUCUUGACCUGAAGGGGUUGGUUUAACCUGCUGCCCUAAACCUUCUGUGCUUAAAUUUCCAACACUGGUCUAUUUUCAAGCCUAAUGCUUUAAAAUCAUUCUUUUUUUCUCCCUCCUUGGCCUGAGCCUACACUGCCUGUCCUGGGCUGGCUGAUCUGAGAGA